AUGGUUCUCAGCCUGUUGCCAUAUGUCCUUGCCGCUUCAUUCCAGUUGAAUGCCUUAUUGAGAAACCAGCCAUACCGUUUGUUUCAACGAAGCCUACCAGGGUCGCUCGGAAUUGCCCCUGAAGGAGCAGUAGGCUAUCAGCCGCCACCUGGACCUGUUGCCAAUGAUGUUCAGCCGACGAAGACCAGGCCCGUGGUGGAUACGACAGCAACGGCCGCCCAAGAUCUAUCGCGCGAGCCAAAACAAGAGCCAGCUGAGUUUAAUGGCGCACCGCCUGUGACAACGAACGCGCGAGACAACUUUGCCAUCUUGACUGGAACCGCAACCAAAACACAGGCGAUGAUGGAGAGGACACAGGCGGCAACAGCUGGUCGAGAUGUUGGUUUAAUUCCGGCUAGCCUCUUCCUCUCCGUUGUCAUAACCGUAUUACAACUCUAA